CACACAACUAAAUUAGUUCCACCUAUUUAUGAACGUACAGAUCAUUUCUUAGCUUAAAUCUCAAUCCCAUCCCACAACUCCAUCUAUCUAACUCCAUUCUCAUUGAUCGCUUUAAGAGCAUAACAGUUUUUUAUUCUCUUUAGCAGAAAUUUUCAUAAUUGUCCCGUCCAAGCAAAAUGGGUGGUUCCAGUUUCUUGAUUCAAAUUAGCCUCCUUCUCUGCAUCUUUUUCGUGACAACUCAGUCCUUUUCUUUCUCCUUCCAUGGAUUCAACAACCAAAACAUUACCAGUGACAAAGAAACUGUAAUAAAUCCAUCAAACGGUGCAAUAAUGCUUACCAACAGUGCUCCCAAUGUAAUAGGCCAUGCAUUCUAUCGAGAUCCAAUUCCCAUGUUCAACACCACCCUCAAUCGCUACAACUCUUUCAGCACACAGUUUGUGUUCCAAAUCAAUCCUUCAAACGGCAUUGACGGCGGCUACGGCUUGGCCUUCACACUAUCCCAAUCUCCGCAGUUCCCCGGCGCCGCCGCCGGCCACUACAUGGGAGUUUUCAACGAAUCCAAUAACGGGAGCUCAACAAACCACGUUUUAAUGGUGGAAUUCGACACGGUGAAUGGUUACGACGAAGGCGUAGAUUCUGAUGGGAAUCAUGUUGGAAUCAACCUCAACCAAAUAAAUUCCAAUGCUACAAAAACAGCCGAGCUUUACUUGCAGAAGGCUAGCCCUAUCAGGGCGUGGAUCGACUUUGAUGGAAUCAAGAAACAAGUUAGUGUCACAGUCGCUCGUGCAGACAAACCUAAGCCCAACGAAACAUUGAUGAAGUCUGAUGAAAAUCUUAAUCUGUCAACUGUUUUGUUGAAUGAUAUGUAUGCUGGAUUCUCUGCUGCAACUGGUGCAGACAAAUGGAGCUCUCACUACAUCCUUGGAUGGAGUUUUCGCCUCAACGGCGUCGCAGAUGAUCUCGAUUCAUCACGGCUUCCUAGUCUUCCUGUUACAGAUUCACCAUCUUCCAACAACAAUUAUUCUAAACUCAUGAAAACUGCGCUCACUGCUGCACUUUCUGUUGUGCUCGUUAUCGCAGCAGCAUCGUUGAUUGGCAUACUGAUGUAUCGAAGAUGGACCAAGUACGAAGUUUUGGAGGAAUGGGAGCUCGAUAGCCCCCAUAGAUUCCGGUACAAGGAGCUCUACGACGCGACUAAAGGGUUCAGAGACAGUGAGAAGAUCGGAUCGGGAGGGUUUGGAGCUGUUUACAGAGGCGUUUUGUCAUCCACGGGUGUUGAGAUCGCAGUAAAGAAGAUCACCUCCAAUAAUCCAUUACAAGGCAUGAGAGAAUUCGCAGCAGAAAUCGAGAGUUUGGGGAAAUUAAGGCACAAAAAUCUAGUCCAUCUUCAAGGAUGGUGCAAGCGCAAGAACGAUCUCCUUUUAGUGUAUGACUAUGUCCCAAAUGGAAGCCUCGAUUCUCUUCUCUACAACCCUAAUUCCGGGAUCGUGUUGAGCUGGGAGCAGAGAUUCAACAUCAUCAAAGGCGUCGCUUCCGGCCUGCUCUACCUACACGAGGAUUGGGAGCAGGUCGUCAUACACCGUGAUGUGAAGUCGAGCAAUGUGUUGAUAGACGGCGAUAUGAGCCCAAGAUUGGGCGAUUUCGGGCUUGCUAGGUUGUACGAUCACGGGAAGAACUCGCACACAACGCACGUCGUGGGCACCAUAGGCUACAUCGCGCCUGAGCUGACUCGAACGGGGAAGGCCUCAACGAGCACGGAUGUGUUUGCAUACGGGAUCCUGCUCCUUGAGAUCGCGUGUGGGCGAGCUGCGGUGGUGUGUGAGGCUCAUCAGAACGCGAUCUUGGUGGAUUGGGUGGUGGAGUGCAUGCAGAUGGGGAGUGCUUUUGAUGCAGUUGAUGCUAGGAUGGAUUCGGUUUAUGUUGUUGAGGAGAUGGAGUUGGUGUUGGGGUUAGGGCUCCUUUGCUCGCACCCGAAGAAGGAAAUGAGGCCUACGAUGAGACAGGUGGUGAGAUAUUUGAAUGGAGAUGAGAUUCUGCCAUUGUUAGAGAGGUUGAGCUUCGAUGGUUCGAGAAGAGUUGAUGAGGUUACGGCAAGAUUGCUUGAAUUGGGAUUGGUUGAUAGGAUUAACUAUAGCACAGAUUCAUAUCAUUUGGAUGUGUCUAUGGGGGUCAUGUCUUCUACUUCUUUUGAUGUUGCAGGUAGAUGAUAUUUAAAUAGGUUGAAUAUAUAUAAUUAAUUAGAUGAGAUUUGUUUUUGAUAGCGUUAAUGAUAUAUUUAGGUUUUAUAGCUAUCUUCAAAUCAAGAAUGCAAUGUUAUCACAA